UCCCCCGCCAGAACCUCGGUAGCUCACCUUCGCUUUAUUUUGGUCUCACCGGAACAUCUACAUUGACCGAGCGGGAUGCAACACGAGGCUUGCAAACCCACGAUUAAGUCAUAGCUAUCACCCGUUUGCAAAACACGCCAAUCGCUCCCAUGGCGGGCCGACCUCGUCGGCGCAGGGCCUCGUCGACGUCGACGACCGCAGAGCUCGAUCGCGCCCAGAUUCGCUGGGCCAAGGAAUCAUCCGUCCUACGACCGACACCGCGAGACAUGCCAGAUAAUGACUGGCCGUGCUAUGUUCUCACCGACGCGACGAUUUACCGGAAAGAUGGCAGGACGGUAGCCAACCCGCUCCUCGUCCAUGUCCAAGGAUCCCUAAUCGUCCGCGGCCUCCUCGAGGUUGACGAAGACAAGCUCGUGCCUAACCUUGUGCGCUCGAGCGUAAAGACCGCUUAUAUCGAGAUACCCCAUUCAGACCGAUACUCGAUCGGAGACGGCCCGCUCGUCCUUUGGGUUUCAGGCGCCGCCGGCUGGUUCGAGAUCCGGCCGUCUAUUGGAUACCAGAAGAUGUACGACCAAGUUCGCGAGGCCAUUACCCUUUACUAUAGCGCCUUUGAGAUAUACGAAGCGUAUUUUGAAGCAUGCGCGAGCAAGAAAAAAGCACGAAGGCCGCGAGCGCCGAGUUUGGACGAUAUUUUUCUCAAGUACGCCGUCAGGGCUGGCGAUGGCAUCCUGCGGCAUGAGGUCGAAGCCCUGUGUAGUAAAUGGGCUGAGUUCCUGAUCCCCCACUUCGACAAAGAGUUUGAUCUGGACUGGAACGCAACGCACUUUGCCAAAUGGCUGCGUAGCUCACACCCUGAGGUGCAGAAGAAACUCGCUGAUAUUGCAAAUGGCCUGGUUCCCCCCUUACCCCCUCCGGAGCCCCAAGAAUCCGUCGACAACAAGGCGACCCAGAGUCGGAGGAGCCGGUCGGCGAGGGCGAGCAGCCGGAACAGCGAGGUCCAAGACAACCCACCCAGUCUUCCAAUCCCACAGGCAAAGCCCACCAAUAACCCUAGGGUUAGAAUAAGCGAAACCCCUAUACCGCUGCCUGGGAGAUACCGGCAACUUACCCAGCCAGCAAGUUCGGAGCCAUCUCCGAUACCUGUCGAGGCACCCAAGGUUGAUACACCAAAAGUGGCGCCCAAGGCUGAUACACCGAAAGAGACACCCAUGUCCGACGCCGACUCCGAAACGCCUGUUGAUAGGCUACUCGGAGCCCUCGACGAAGUCGCGACAGAAGUGAAUAUCAACAAGGUACCGCCUUCCAAGAUUAACUCGUCUGUGUUCUUCAAGUGCAAAAUCCGGAACUACAUGGACGCCAAGGACAUCAUCGCAUACUACGCGAAGGAGCUUCUCCCACGCCUACCCGCCGAGUGGAAGGACGUCCCAUGGUAUCACUGGUUGGUGGACGUUGCCAACCAGCCGUGGGCACCGUCGACAGAGCACACCGAGCCGGACAAAAUUCCUGCGCAGACUUUCCGGCGGAUGAAAAUGGGCCCCAAAGCAGGGUCGUCGACUAAAUCAGCUACCCAACUACCCCCGCCCAUCAACCUCAAACUCAGGGCUAAGAGCGCUGUGCAAGAUGAGAGCGAGUCAGAAGAGGAAAUCGCCGAGCUUUAUACAGCGCCGCAGCGCAACCGUAGAUCCGGAAAAGGAGCAACACUGCGCCUCGCCACUAGUGCUAAGAAACGGCCGCGUUCCGAGCUUGACGACCAACCCAGCGGAAGCCGUCGGGGUAGAAAGUCAACCAAGACCAGUCACUAUAUCAGUGACGACGACGAGUCAGAGGAUGCCGACAAUGCGAGUGACGAAGACGUUACCACUAGCGAAGAGACAGUCCUCGGAUCGCGUCUACCUCUGCCCGAGGGGGCAGUCCGCAUCGCCGUGCACGCCGAGCGGCUCCCCACAACGUCACCCAGCGGGCCCGACGGUACCUGGACGUGCGACGAGGAAGGCUGCACCUACGUUGUCAGGUCGGCCGACGAGCAAGACGCGCAGGAGCUGAUUCAGGCACAUUUCCGGGACCACGAGGCGCAGGCUGAGAAGAUCAACCUGGCGGUCACAGAGAGCCGCGGCCACAUGCCCAUCAAGUACGUCUACUUCCCCCCUGUCCUCCUCCUCGUCUACAUGCACUCUCCUGGGGCCGGCCAAGUCUAGUUACCAUCCAUCCACAAAAGCCCCCGUAGCCUCGGCAGCCCGGAUGCUAACUAUGAGUAGCCAUCUUCUCAGCAAGAUCCAGGCACUCGGCAAGGCCGCCCUCUUUGGAAAGCGAGA